AUGUCUAAAGAAGAUAGUAUUUGUGAAAAUUUAUUUAUAAAAACAACUACACGUGAUAAUGACGGUCGUUUCUCUGUGCGGAUCCCAUUAAGCGAAUCAGCUGAUCAACUAGGCGACUCGUACUCGCAAGCCGAGAGUCGGUUCCUCGCGCUUGAACGCAACGCGAACUUAACUUAUGAAGAGUUUAGCACGAUAUUGGCUCAAAUCGAAGCCGUCCUAAACUCUCGACCCAUGUAUCCACUGUCCGCAGACCCAGCUGACCUUCUUCCCCUCAGCCCUUCUCUGUUUCUGAUUGGCCGACCGCUCACCGCACCGGCCUGCCCAGGCCUGACGACUACAGCUUCACAUCGCCUGUCCCGCUACGACCGCGUGGAACAGAUGCGGCAGCAGUUUUGGCAGAGGUGGUCAAAGGAGUACAUCGCGGAGCUUCAGACAAGAACGAAGUGGAAGACACGCAGAGAAGAAUUGGUACCUAAUACUCUUGUACUAAUCAAGGAGGACAAUUUGCCGCCUCUCAAGUGGCGCUUGGGAAGAAUCCUUCAUACUUUUCCAGGGAAGGAUGGCCUGUCACGAGUCGCUGACAUCAAAACGGCGACAGGGACGGUACGAAGGGCAUUCUCUAAAAUAUGUCCUUUAUUAUCGCAAGAAGAAGAAAAAACUACGAGUUCACAAUAA